UGACGGUGGUCCGCCAUAUUGUCUCUGAAACAGCAGAAAUCACAACUAGCACAGACACACCGGCGACGGAGGGAGGACAGAACCGUCGGUCUUUCAAAACUCCGCUCGUUUCGGGAAGCGUUUCGGUCGUCGAAUUGAUCAAGGGGCUAUUUCACCGUGCCCCUGGCGGCCCCUCCCCCCAUCCUCAAAUAAACCCCCCCUACCCUGAACCCCUUGCCCUAUUGGGAUCAACCUUCCUUUUCCCCACCUUCUCUCCUUUCCCCUCUCCCACCCAUCACCCCUGUUUGGCUAACCAUCCUCUGCUGCAUUAAGAAGUCCCACCAUCUCUGCCAAGCUGUCGGACAUGUCAGGACCCGUGCCAAGCAGGGCCCGAGUGUACACCGAGGUCAACACUCACCGGCCCAGGGAGUACUGGGACUAUGAGUCCCAUGUGGUUGAAUGGGGAAACCAGGAUGACUUCCAGUUGGUGCGAAAGCUGGGGCGUGGCAAGUACAGCGAGGUCUUUGAGGCAAUCAACAUCACAAAUAACGAGAAGGUGGUGGUAAAGAUACUUAAGCCCGUGAAGAAAAAGAAAAUCAAGCGUGAGAUUAAGAUUUUGGAGAACCUACGCGGAGGUCCGAACAUAAUCUCCCUCAUUGAUAUAGUAAAAGACCCAGUACAUGGUGAACCCACCACCUGUGCAAGAUUGUCGAUUUCACUUGGAUUGGAGAAGUAUGUUUCUUCCCGGACACCUGCAUUGGUCUUUGAACAUGUCAACAACACAGAUUUCAAGCAACUGUACCAGACCCUAACAGACUAUGACAUCCGUUUCUACAUGUACGAGAUUCUCAAGGCUCUGGAUUACUGCCACAGCAUGGGAAUCAUGCAUAGAGACGUGAAGCCACAUAAUGUGAUGAUUGAUCAUGAACACCGCAAGUUGCGCCUUAUUGACUGGGGCCUGGCUGAGUUUUACCACCCAGGGCAGGAGUACAAUGUCAGAGUUGCCUCUCGCUACUUUAAAGGGCCCGAGCUCCUGGUGGACUAUCAGAUGUAUGACUACAGUCUGGAUAUGUGGAGUCUGGGCUGUAUGCUGGCAAGCAUGAUCUUUCGGAAGGAGCCUUUCUUCCAUGGCCAUGACAACUAUGACCAGUUGGUGAGAAUAGCCAAGGUUCUGGGCACUGAAGACCUCUAUGACUACAUCGACAAGUACAACAUUGAGCUUGAACCUCGCUUUAAUGACAUUCUGGGAAGGCAUUCUCGCAAGCGGUGGGAGAGGUUUGUCCACAGUGAGAACCAGCACCUGGUCAGUCCAGAGGCUCUGGAUUUUCUGGACAAGCUGCUGCGCUAUGACCACCAAGCCCGGCUGACCGCCCAUGAGGCCAUGGAACACCCUUAUUUCUUCCCUAUUGUGAAGGAUCAGUCUCGUGUGGCCGGAUCAGCCAACCUUCCCAGUGGGAACCCAGCUGUUAGCUCAGCGAGCAUGAUCACUGGUAUUUCUGCCUUGCCAGCCUCCACUGCCCUGGGCCCUCUUACUGGAUCGCCGGUCCUGUCUGCUGCCACCAAUGCCCUGAGCACCCCGGUGCCCGCUGCUGCUGGUGCCCCGCAGUGACACCCCCAUCGAAAUCCUCCAUCACCCUGCCUCACCUCUCCCACCUCCACCACCACCCAGCUUGGGGGAAGAAACUAGACAGGUGCCACUCUCCCAGCCCUCCCCAUAUCCAACCAGACUCCACAUGACUAUGCCCCACCAACCCUUCGUCUAAAGGACGCUGUCAUCCAAGAAAAAAGAACAAUACAUGUUUUCUGCAUUCCUUUGCCUCCUCGAAUGAACGUGUUGACCUGAAAUCCAAAAUGAAUGUUCUGUGUAAUUGAAGUAUACAGAUAUUCUUUUCAUUUUCCCUCAAGCUGUAGUGAAUACAAAUGGGUGUGUCUGUGUGUGGUGAGCUUGAGAACGAGUGUCCCCCGUUGUAGUUUGGAUAGUGAAGGCACUGGUCAGCAAGUAUACAAAGAGAAGGCAAAAAGAAAGCUGGCUGCCACCAGUAUCAAUAGGAGCACAUCCUGUGUAUAGUUUACGGCUGCAGCACUGUCAAAAAGAGGACCUGAGGAAAACAUUUCCUUUACCUCCUGAGACAAGUCUUAACACCCUCUUCAUCUCAGCACAUGUGUGGUGCUGUCCUGUGCUCCAGGUGUAUGUGAACACAAUGACACUUCAACACUUUCUCUGCCUGAGUAGUCUUGUCUAGCCUAUCUUACCACACCAGAUCACGUAUCUUCUUUUUAUAACGUAAACCCCCUUCCCCCUCCCAUCAAGCCAUGCGUUGUUACAACCUUUUUGUAUUGAAAAAUGUUCUGGACUGCUGGAUUAGGUUUAUCAUCAGAUUGACUCUAGUGUACCUGGGAUUCUCUAGAAGCCAGGUAAGGUUAAUUCAGGUUCCCGAAGAAAGAGUUCCUCAAACGUGCUGCUUUCAACAUCCUUGAAAUCCUUGAAGUGGCUUUUCUUGAAUUACUUCAAGACAUAACCAAAGUUUACUCAGUUGGUUGAAAGAAGAGACUGACCAAACCUAGUUUUAUUUUGUGGGAGUUUCCUCGUGGAGAUGCCUUGAUGCAGGUAGGAGAUGUGGGUUGUAGUGAAUCAGAAGUAUGAAAUGUGCAGGUUACAGAAGUGCUGUUGGCAUUGUGAUGUGGGUAAGCUUAGUGAAGAGUACUGAGUUUUACUGGCUUUCACCACCACAUUGAAGGAAAUAAUGACUUUGAAAUUUUUAAUAGCACUUGAAGGGUAGCAUUCUCACCCAGUGUUGUAGUGUCAGAGUCUGGAAGUGUACGUAUUAGAUCCUGCAGCACAUAAGCAUUUAUAUAUAUUUUUCCCAUUUCAAAACCUGAAAAUGCAAAUAAAUCAGAACAUGUACACGACCUGUGGACAGAGCAGUUUUGAGUCCCUACAUCACUGUAUAUAUUUUUAUGUUCUUAUGUAGAAGACUAGUAUUUGAGAAUAUUUGUGUAAAUAAACGCGUGUUUUAUUUAUCAGGUA